UGUGGGAGGCAGUAACGGUCUUUGCGCAUGCGCAGUGGUCCUUCACACAACCGCAAUAAGCAAAUAUGGCGGCGGCCGUCGACAGUGUUGUGAAAGUUCUUGGAGAGCAGUAUUAUAGAGAUGCAAUGGAGCAGUGUCACAGCUACAACGCCCGUCUCUGUGCUGAACGCAGCAUCCUCAUGCCCUUCCUGGAUUCUCAGACUGGAGUUGCACAGUCCAACUGUUACAUCUGGAUGGAGAAGAGGCACAGGAGUGCAGGUAUAGCUCCAGGACAGCUCUACUCUUACCCUGCUCGCCGUUGGAGGAAGAAGAGACGUUCCCAUCCUCCAGAGGACCCUCGUUUGGCUUUCCCUCCUCUCAAAGCAGCAGAUUUAGAGCUGGGGCUUAAGCGUGAGGCUUUGGGAACAGUGGAUGGAAGCAGCUUGGAGGCUCUGCUAAAAGGCGAACCCCUGGAGAGGAGGAGCGGCGUGGCCGAUGUUCGAGCUCCUGAGGACGAUCCGGUCACCGUGGAGCCUCCGGCCACGUCAGCCGUCACUCACACGUCUUCUGGGCGCAUCCGUAAGCAGAGAGUGCUCGACCACGAUGACUACUUAGAUGACCUCGAUGAUGAAGACUUCGAAGAUGAGACCCCCAAAAGACGAGGCAAGAGCAAAUCCAAGGGUCGCAGCGACAAGAACGGGAAGAAGAAAACGGAGGCUGCAGCCGCAGCGCUGGAGGAGAGGGACAAACCGUACGCCUGCGACAUCUGUGGGAAGCGCUACAAGAAUCGCCCAGGCCUGAGCUACCACUAUACACACUCUCACCUGGCAGAGGAGGAGGGCGAGGACCACGAGGAGAUUGAGGCACCACCCACUCCUCGCCAGCCUGAGGAGCAGAAGACCACAAAAAAGGGUCCCAAUGGACUGGCAAUGCCCAACGAUUACUGUGAUUUCUGCCUGGGGGACUCGACUUUGAAUCAGAAAACGGGCCAAUCAGAGGAGCUGGUGUCUUGCUCAGACUGCGGGCGGUCAGGACAUCCGACGUGUCUGCAGUUCACCCCAGUGAUGAUGGCUGCCGUGAAGACGUACCGCUGGCAGUGCAUCGAGUGCAAAUGCUGCAACGUCUGUGGCACCUCAGAGAACGAUGACCAGCUGCUCUUCUGUGACGACUGCGAUCGAGGCUACCACAUGUACUGUCUAAGCCCCCCUAUGACCGAACCACCAGAGGGGAGCUGGAGCUGCCACCUGUGCCUGGCUCUGCUAAAAGACAAAGCCUCCAUAUACCAGCAGAACCAGAGCUCUGCCCCAGAGUGACGUCCCAACAUGAAGCCCACCUCUCAGCAACAGGACCCCCAGCGGACCCCGGCCCUAAAUGUCAG